AGCACUGUUCUGUUGCUGCAGGGAGGAAAUCCUACUUCACUGAGUCAGACUUGAGCAGAGCACUCACGUGCUCUCUUGCAGGUUUUCUGUACUUCCACCUGAGGUGGUGAGUGUCAGUUCAGCCUGUGCUGCCAGAGAAAGAACUGAUGUGAACACCAGAACCUCAGGAACUAAUGUUUACUUCUAGUUCUCCAUAAUUAAUCAGAAUCCUUGAAACUCUGGGAGACAUCCAGCCAGAGGAGAUAGUCUCUGGCAUGCAAAUUGAACUGCAGUCAGUUUUAACAGUCUUUAAGGAAAAAAAAAAAAGUAGUAGGUUGAACCCACUCUUGGUCCCAUCCUUAAGUGAACAAGAGCUUUUUUUGACGUGAGUGUCCUUACCGGAUUGCUAAGUGUUACAAAAAGCUUUUUGAGCAAGAAAUACCUAUGGAGAUCGUCCAGGACAGACCACGUAGACUCACUGUCACAUCACCAUGACUGGAAGCAGAUUGAGGAAAAAGGUUUUGGUGGCUUUCAAGAUGAAUGUGUGGCAGCAUCUUCACCAGAGAAUAAUUAACAGGCAAUGGACAACUGCUGAGGGAAACUGUUAAUCAGAGUGUGUGUGAAGUGCCAAGACACGACUUGCUUUUCCUUGGUUGACAUUUAAGCCUGAUGAAAUCUGUCCUGCCAUGUUGCAUGAGGAAUGAUUGAGGAGAGUGGGAAGAGGAGGAGGACAAUGGCAGAGAAGAGACAGCUGUUCAUGGAAAUGAGAGCACAGAAUUUUGAUGUCAUCAGACUUUCAACGUAUCGAACAGCCUGUAAGCUGCGGUUUGUACAAAAAAGAUGUAAUCUUCAUCUUGUUGAUAUCUGGAAUAUGAUUGAAGCCUUCCGAGAUAAUGGCCUUAACACUUUGGAUCAUAACACAGAGAUCAACGUGUCUCGACUAGAAACAAUCAUUUCAUCCAUCUACUACCAGCUAAACAAACGCCUUCCUUCUACUCACCAAAUCAGUGUAGAGCAAUCCAUCAGCCUCCUCCUCAACUUCAUGAUAGCAGCAUAUGACAGUGAGGGCCAUGGGAAGUUGACGGUAUUUUCAGUGAAAGCCAUGUUAGCAACAAUGUGUGGCGGUAAAAUACUGGACAAACUAAGAUAUAUUUUCUCUCAAAUAUCAGAUUCAAAUGGACUUAUGAUAUUUACAAAGUUUGAUCAGUUUUUGAAAGAAGUUCUAAAACUUCCAACAGCUGUGUUUGAGGGGCCUUCUUUUGGAUACACAGAGCAUUCUGUACGGACCUGUUUCCCACAACAAAAAAAGAUCAUGCUAAACAUGUUUUUAGACACGUUGAUGGCUGAUCCACCUCCUCAGUGCCUUGUGUGGCUGCCUCUCAUGCACAGACUUGCCCAUGUUGAAAAUGUCUUCCAUCCCGUGGAAUGUUCGUAUUGCCGGUGUGAGAGCAUGAUGGGUUUCCGGUACCGAUGCCAGCAGUGCCACAACUACCAGCUCUGUCAAAACUGUUUUUGGCGUGGCCAUGCAAAUGGGCCUCAUAGCAACCAGCAUCAGAUGAAGGAACAUUCCUCCUGGAAAUCACCUGCAAAGAAGCUGAGCCAUGCAAUUAGUAAAUCGCUUGGUUGCGUACCAAGUAGAGAACCACCUCGUCCUGUAUUUCCUGAGCAGCCAGAAAAGCCACUUGAUCUUGCACAUAUAGUUCCUCCACGGCCUCUGAGUAACAUGAAUGACACCAUGGUGACCCACAUGUCGUCUGGAGCACCUACACCAACAAAAAGGUUACAAUGCAACCUGGAUGCUGCCAGCCGAUUAGCUGACGAGCAUGCACUGAUAGCAACCUAUGUGAGCCGGCUGCAGAGCGGUGCACGUGUCCUGGACAGCCCCGGCAGGCUGGAUGAGGAGCACAGGCUGAUUGCCAGAUACGCCGCCCGGCUGGCUGCCGAAGCUGGAAAUGCACCUCGCCCACCAACAGACCUGGGGUUCAGCUUUGAUGCCAAUAAACAACAAAGACAGCUGAUAGCAGAGCUGGAAAACAAGAACAGAGAGAUACUCCAGGAGAUUCAGCGUCUCAGACUGGAACAUGAACAAGCCUCUCAACCCACCCCUGAGAAAGCCCAGCAGAACCCAACUUUACUGGCUGAACUCAGGCUUCUACGACAGAGAAAGGAUGAACUGGAACAGAGGAUGUCUGCACUUCAGGAAAGCAGAAGAGAACUGAUGGUGCAGCUCGAAGGGCUGAUGAAACUGCUCAAAGAAGAAGAGCAAAAGCAGGCAGCGCAAGCAGCGGGCUCGGCACACUCCUCACCCACCCACGGAGCCAGCCGCCCCAUGCCCAUGCCCGUCAGAUCCACCUCCGCCGGCUCUACCCCAACGCAUGUCCCACAGGACUCGCUUGCAGGUGUCGGGGGAGAUGUGCAGGAAGCUUUCACACAAGGUACAAGGAGGAACCUCCGCAAUGACCUGCUAGUCGCAGCUGAUUCCAUCACCAACACCAUGUCAUCGCUGGUGAAGGAGCUGCAUUCGGCAGAGGAAGAAGAUGAAGAAGAAACAGAAAAAAUGCAGAAUGGAAAGGACCAAGGUUAGAUCGACGACCACAGGCUGUACAGUAAUUCAGGCAUGGAGGGCUAUGCUUACGAUCGAGAUGUCUCCCCAUCCUUUGGAAGAGGCACGUUUCAGCCAAUACAUUCACCAUCGUGCAACUGUGACCGAUCUCAACCACCUGCUGACAAAAGCGGCUUUCUCCGAACCACCCAGAGGGCUUUCCCCAUGGGCACUUGCCUCUUAGGUCAUUGCAUGUACUAUUUUCCUCCAUGUGUUUACUAAUGAUAAUCAGACAAUGCCCCAUCAAACUCAGCAGUUUAUGGGAGGUUAUAAAAAAAAAAAAAAAAAAAGGAAAGCUAAUACUCCCUGCUCCUGCUAAGCGUACUGAUCUUUUUUGAUUUCUUCCCACAUGGUGUCAUGGAGUCAUCAUCACGUCACAUGCUGGUUAUUUCCUCCUGACUUCUGCCCCUCGGUAUGCAUGAAAAAAAAUGGGUGUUAAGCCUCCUGGGGUCCCUUGCGUGUGACAUGAAGGGGAUUCUGCCUUCAAAAAACCUACCUUCUGAAAAUACUGUGCUGUCUGUCAGUGUCUGGUUGCCGUCACGUGAUAUCGCGUGUCGUCCUGGUGAAUGGCAGGGCAUGCCACGGGUGAAGGGAUGCACAGCCAGAGCAGCAGCAGCAGUGAUGGGCCACCAGCCACCUGCCUCCCGGCGUUCCUGGCUCUGCUUUCAGACUGUUAAAAAAUCUCCCUUUACAAGCAGAGAAUUCAGGGGCGACCAUUGCUAGGCUUAGGUUAGCAUCUCCGUGUUCAUUUUCAAGAGUCCCAUUCAGUUUUGUUUAAAAUUAGGAGAAAUAACCAAGUUGUGUAGUCUGAGGCUGAGCUCACCACGCUCUGAUCCUUGCUAGGCUUUUCUUCCAUCGCUGCUUAGAAAACAUUGUAAUCAGUUCCAAUCACUGGUGAUUUUAUUUUAUUUUUUUUCCUUGCUGCUUAGGAAUGAUAUUUUUAGUGGAAGGAGCUGAGUGCCCUAAUGCAUCUAUAAAUAUUUAUCACAGGUGAUGAAUGGAAAGGAGUGAUAAACCCUGAAACCAGCCCUCAGCUUUUCUUCCUGUCUGAACCGAUAUGUGGCCUCGGUUCUCGGUGGAAAGUGCUUGUCGGGUACCUACAACCCUUGGGGAAAGAGAAAAUAAACAACGUGGUGGCCACAGAUUUAGUUGAAUAUAAAUAUUGUGAAUGAGCUGUCAAGAAGGAAAGGAAAGUGAUGAUAACCUGGUGUAGCAUGUUAGCUUUAGCCUGCCAAAGAGAGUGUGCUCGCAGGGACAGGGAAGGGUUCAUGUGCAUUUUCAGCUGAAUUUGCUGAAUUAGGACCUGCAGCAGCUUUGGCUAAAGCUACAGGCAGGUUCGAGCACCAAAAAUAGGAAGGCUUUGCUGAUGGCCACGCUCAGGGACCUGCCAGGGCAGUGAAGGCGGUUGGCAGCUGGAAGUGUUAUGGCUGUGCAGGCAUCAGGGUCUUCCUCCUGCUGACCAGAGGUGCAAGGGACCAGGGAGUUUGCAUCACACUGGUGGGAUCUCCUGGCACCUUGUGCGGGUAAAAGCCUGGGGGUUCCCAGCUAAGCCGCACUGGGGCCAGCGGCUGAGCCAUGGGCAUCCUCCAGGAACUGGACGCCUGCACCAGCAGCAGUGCCAGAGGCGGGGGACUGCACCGUGGGGCAGCCCGGGGUGGUGAUGGGAGAGCCCUCAGCAGCAUGUGGGAUGGUGAGGUGGAAGUCGUCACCUCUUCAAAGGUGCCAGGGUCCAAACUGUAGCACAGAAAGGGAAGGAUAGGAUGAAUAUAUAUCUCCUGUAGCCGUCGGGGAAGGACAUUAAGCACGAAGCCAGGAUCACAGGGGAGUGUCAACUUUGCUGCUUUUUUCCUGUUAUUACUCACCCUGUGACUUUCCCUUCUCGCUUUUGCUACCAUGAUUGCCAGGAGGCAAAGCCUCCUGCCACAGCCACCACCUCCGCCGCGAGCAUCUCUCUGAGCCUGCAGUCCAGCCACAGCUGGAGGAGGUGCAGGUGGCACUGCUGGGACCUGCCACCACUGACUGCCACCACUCCGGCUGGUCGGGCGCUGAGGGGAGACAUUGGGAAGACACCCCCCAACAGGGGUCUUGCAGCCAGCCCUGCUGGGGGUGCAGAUGGGAGGCAGCCAUCGCCUCGUGGGCUGACGCAAGCUGAGGUACAGCAGGGAGGGUGCUCGUGCCUCUCCUUCCCCACCAAGCACUGCUGGUGACAGUCAGGCAAGCUGGGGCGUCUGGGCUUUGUUUGGAAAACCUGGAGGGAUCAAUGGGGGUUUGUACAGACGCAGCCGGGACAUCAUCCGUGUAUGUUAAAUAUGACCCUGCGUGCCAUGGCUUUGCAUUACCUCCCCGACAGUGCCAUUUAUUUCAGCCAGCAAAGUGUUUUAGCAGAUGCUUUAUAUUAUUGCAAGGCUGGGGCUGCAGGGUGGUGCUGGCUGAUGCCGCACUGGCUGCUGCUGGGAGGAUGGCAUUUGCCCAGCAAGCUGCCGCUGGAGUGGGAGGAACCUGUGUCCCCGCUGAUCUGAAGGGUCCUGGAAAGGCCACGGUCAUGCAGGCACAGCUCCGGUAUCGGGCACCCUGCAGCCAGCAAGAGCAACCAGGCACUGGGGUGAUGGAGAGCAAGGGCAGCUGCUGGCCUGGUCUAUGCAUCAGAUCACCAAGACCUGAUCUUAAUUGCACUUGUCCUCGUUAGCCUGUGUCUGAUAGCUUCCCUCUGCUAUCGCUCAGAGGUGACAGGAACGAUGCCACAGCAUCCCCCCAGCCUUCCCCUGCAGCACACAGUGAUGCUGAGGAGAGGGAGCUUGGCUUGGCGCUGCCCUGGGCUGUCAUGAUGUUACCCAAGGGUGUCAUUCAGGGAGGUCACCGCUGGUCCCCAGACCCUGUCAGUGAAGCCCAGCUGGUGCAGGUAGUCCCAGUGCUGUGCGGUCUGCCCUCACCGUGCCACUGCCCCAGGCAUCAGCCUGGCACUGCAGUAGGCAGUGUGGGAUUGAGGCACGGACUGGCCCAGCAGGGCCCAGGAAUCAUGGGGACAAACAUGAAUGUUCCCAGCUGUGCCAUGGCCAUAAAGGGAGUUCUUGGGCCAGGCAGGACAUUCGGGAUCAUUUUGCACCCCAGUAACACCAGGCAGCUCCACCGGUGAUGUGCUGGGACAUCAUGCCCAGCACCUCAUCUUGCUUGCAGUUAACUUUGAAACCUGCUUAUGAACUAUUGUUUGCCUUUGGAAUAAUUGCCUUAAACCCCCGAGGGGAACAGUUCAGGCCAGGCUUUAAUAGAUGUCCCCAGGCUGUGUUUUCCUCCAGUGUCACUACACCCCAGCCCCCCAGCUGCUCACCCGAGUCCUUGCUCAGCACUCAGGAUGCAGCGUCCUGGAGGCUGCUGGGGAAGUCUGCCCAGCCACACCAGAGAGCCCCCGGGGUCAGUGCCGGGCAUGUGUGUGGGUAUGCACAUGUGUGCCUUUGUGCAUGUGUGUGUGUGCAUGCACCCCUGCGUGCGCCCACGUGCACUGCAGGCAGCGUGUCAGUGCUCUUGGGAGAUGCGCUGGGUCUGAGUGCGCCUGCCAGUGCCCCCCUGCCCGGCUCUGCCGCCCAGCAUCUGCCCACAGCCUUGAGGCUGCUGGUAAAAAAUAACUAACCACAAAUAUGGUUCUUUUCUUUCAACUGUGGGAGUUUUAUUUUAUGCAACUGGAUGGUCAUUUUUUGUCAGGACCCAGGAAUGGGAGUCACCAGCUAAAAGUAGGGCCAGAUGCAGAGCCUGGGGAGGAUGGCAGGGCCCCCGGCAGAGACCGGCUGGGCACAGCGCUGGCAGAGCCAGGCAGGUGCAGGCAGCAGGCAGGGGCCACGGUGUUGGGCGUUGCUGCUGAAUCCCAUGGACAGUGCGUUGACACAGGCUGUAGGGAACACCUUUAAAUGAAAAAGCAAAACGCUACCUACAAAUAUUUUCUCAUGGGAAAGUUACCCAGACUGAGCCGUGUCCCUGCGUUAGCAUGCCCAGCCGGUGCCCCAGUGCCAGGGGUUGGUGCCAGAAGAGGGAGACCACCAGUUUCCAUGAGGUAGGGAAUAGGGAUGGGCACAGUGCAGUGUGUCCUGCACCCAGCUGGUCUGUCAGUGAUGUGCGAAAGGAAGGCAGCAGCUUUGGCCACUCAUGCCAUCCCUCAGCAUAUGGGUGCUGAGGCUCCCCCAGCCCCAGCCAUGCCCACACAAUCCCCAGCAGCACAGCCCGGUGGCUGGGGGUCAGGGAUUGCACCAAGCUUUGGUUCCGUUCCCUGUUCCUGGUGCCACAUGAGUGCGGCUGCUGGUGAGUGCAGAAGUAAGCGGGAGCAUCCCUGGGAGCAGUUGGCAAACCCGUGCUGGAGCCGACGCUGUAAGUGUUGGGAAUGUCUCUAACAGAAACCUGUACACUGGAAGCCAUGUUCUGUCACCUGCCAAAUAUUCAAUAAAUUCAUCUCAUCAUUAA